AUGACUGAAAUUAAGGUUGAAAGUGCUGGACAACUGGAUAAUGAAAUCAAAAAAAUCCAGGAAAUAUUUCAACAAAAAGAAACUGAACACACAUGGCAAUUGUUUGAUGAUGCAUUAAAACGUCUCAUUGCCCUUUCUCGCGGUGGUGCUACGAAUUACGAAAAAAUAUUUAUUAACAGUAUUAAGUCGUUGAGACAGCCUAUUCUGGAUUCGUUGCUAACGGAACGGACGCGAUUAUCUGGUACCGCAACCGAGUUAUUGGAGGAACUUGCUAAAGUUCUUGGGCAAAAAUUUGAAAUGUUCUCUGACGUAUAUGUGCCAGCGAUUUUAAAAUUAUGUACGCGCGCCAAUAAAAUUUUUGUUAGUCGAGCUCAGAAGUGUAUGGUAACUAUCAUUCGAGAUUGUCAACUUCCAAAUUUGAUACCAAAAUUCAAAGAUUCGAUGCAAGGUCAGAGUAAAACGUUAAGGACUUGUGUGGCCGAGUUUGUAUUAAUUAGUAUUGAGGUCAAUGAAGUGGGAAACUUGAAUAAUUACAUUUCUGAUCUGGAGUGGCUCAUACGGGAAGGUGCUAUAGAUUCUACACCUGCCGUUCGUUCAACCACAAAAAAGACAUUUGAAAUUUACAAAACUAAAUUUGAUUUGCGAUUGGAAGACUUUAUUGCCACUUUAACUUCUCAAGUGAAGAAAAACUUGGGCGUGUUAGAACAAUCGACAAAAACUAGUCAACGUCCACGAAUCAGGGCAUUACAACCAAAUCGUAAAGAUAAUGCGCAAAAGCUUCAAAAUGAUAUUGUUAUAUAUCUGAAGGAUGGCGAAAAGAAGUUGGAUAAUGGCGUUUCUAUUUCCGAGAAGAAAUUAGUGGGACAAGAGGACAGUGAAUUUGCCGUAGAUUUGAGACUGCCACUAUCAAAAGAUAAGUCUGAAAAUCCGGUAGCGACGGAGAAAGAAAAUCCUAAUCCAUCAACCAUGCCAGUUGUACCAUUAUCAAAUGAAAACAGUAAUGGUGUUAAUUCUCAAGAAUCGAUUAUCUCGGAAGAUUCUACUUCUUUCGUUAUCGCUUUCGAUGAGCCACAAAGUAUGGGUGUCACAACGACAGUUACCGGAUUUGCUGCAAUGAAAAGACCGAAGUUAACGUCAGCUCAACGCCUUAAAUCCCAACCUGUCAUCAAUUCAUCUGCUCAGCGCGUACCUUCUAAACCUACCAAAGCACAAUCGACUAGCAGUUUAACUACGCAUAAUAGAGAAAACCAAAUUGGUAAUGGAGGCGCUCAACGUGUUAGACCCAAGGAUCGUACAGGUACAAUAAAUGAGGAAAAGACAAAGGCAAGCCGUGUGUUGAAUAAUAAUAGCAAGACCAAUACCAAAUCCACUCGACCUCCGCCACCAUCUCGCACAGUGAGUGCCCCAGUCGUUAGUCCUUCCAAGGCUAACAAAAAAGCGCAACCCCCCGUUAACAUCAAGAAAAAGUCCGCACCCGUUACCUAUGGUAAACCUGCGGUGAAGGAAUCAAAUUCUAUAAUGAAUUCUACUCCGAAGCCAACGAAAGUAACAGCGACUGCGACCACGACAGCUGACGGAUUGACCACAACUGCCACCAUAUCAGUAUCCAUAUCUGCAGUUUCCACACCGGUCAAGCGAUCACAGGUAACAUCUAAUAACGCGGUAACGUCGAGCGCACGUCUUUUUAGCAGAACCAAGGAUCGCCAAUUCACCCCAUAUCAAAAACCAGCUAUUGGAUUCGCUUCCAGAAAAUUUAAAGCACGGCCAAUACCCGAUUCAUUAGAGUUGAACUCUAAGAUAAAUGCCUACGCCAAUAAACUUAUUGAGGAUUUAACAGGACAACGUGAAAUCAUUAGUGAAAAUAUUAAUGAAGAAAACGUUACGAUCGAAUUUACAAAAGUUGAAGAUCAAAUUUUCGAGAUCAAUCCAGCAAGAAGCAGAUUGUCAAUAAAACAGGCGCUUCCGGCCACACAACCUAUUACGCCUCUUCCAACUGAGCCGGUGCCACCGCUCUCAUUUGUUAAUCCGGUGAAAUUCUUAGAGGAUGUUCGCGAGGCAUCGGAAAUGAAUAAAGAGAACGAUAUGAUGGGAGAGAAUGAAGACAAGGUAAUGGUAUCAGAUGCCGUAGCUAAAUCCGCCGUUUGUGAAUUGGUCGAAAAGGCCAAUGAA